AUGCUAGACCUUUCUGAAGAUUCUGAUGAGGACAAUAGGCCAAUUAUUUUUAUUGGUCAUGACAAUCUUUAUGUGGUAUGGUGCGGAUGGAAUUUCACCCGUGCUGAAUGGUUAUGGUUUAAAUACAAUCAACUACUUCAUAUGCCCAACGACGAUAAUAGCUGUGACCAAUACUUAAACUAA